GAAUCCAAGAACACGUGGAUUAAACGAAUUUACACACGCACAGUUUUAUGGCUAACAACACUAAUUUAUUAGACAACACAAUUUUAAUGCUUGUAUCAUAAAUGAAUGUAUCAUUGUUAAUUUCAUAGUAUGCUGAUUAUUUUUAUGACAAUGAUUCCUUUGAUGAUAUGCAUUGUUAGAGUUGUUACUUGGUUAUAGAAAAACAAUUCUCUAUACCUUUGUUAUUCAAUAUACCCCAAAUUUAAACAAAUUCAGUCUUAUUUUUAAGUCGCUUUUUACAUUUAAGUUUUUAAUAUUAAAUGAAGAUUUUAGGACUGGCACAUGUUGGGUAAUUAAAACUUCCAAUUAGAAACUUGGCAGCUGUUUAAAAUGACUUUAAGAUAAGUUGUGUGGAAAUUUUCAAUACUUUUAUUUAAAUUAUUAGAAUGUAUAUGUUAGAAAACAUGCCACUGUUCUUUCCCCCUUCCUAUAACCCUAAUAGUUACAAGAAAAUUUUUCGAAAAUAUUUGGACUUCAAAAAAAUCAAUGGAAAAUCUUUGAACAUCAAUUUUUCUAGAAUUUUGUUUGAUAGGGAAGCAAAGAAUGUGAAUUCUUCGAAGGAUAUAAUUUGAAAUUUAUGUAAAGAAUUUAAUAAUAUACAAACAAGAAGUUUAACCUGCUGUAUAUUAAAAUAGCAAAUUGUGUUUUAAUUUCUUCAAAAUAUGAACACAUUUUGUUUGUAUUAAAUUUCAAGUUUAUAAUAAAACAUUUAAAAUCAUAGCGGAUUUACUGUCAAUUUGCAAAUUAUUUUUGUUUAAAUUCAAAAUAUUAGCUUUUUUUUUUUUAAUUUGAUAUAUUUCUAACGAAACGUUAAUGUAAUAAACAGCCUAACAUGGUAACCUGGCGGCUGUCUUUUGCAACCCUCUCUGAAUAUUCAUCAAUUAGUGGUGACUGGAAAUUCUUCUGUCAAAGCUUAUUGGUUGAUUCCUGAGCCAAUUUGGCGAGAGAAAAGCAAUGACUUACCACGCUUGGAAGACGCUUGGCACACUCUUACGCUGUUUUCACAUAGUGUUGGUUGUUUUAUUCUUGUGUUAGUAUUUUCUCACCCGCUUGUUUUGAAAUCGCUUUCGUCUGGAUUGCAAUAAAAAUGAAGCAGGCACUUGAAUCAGUCGGACAACGGAGGAUUUUCAACAAAGCCCUCCAAUCUGCACUUCGCUCUUCGUCUUUGUCCCAAAAUGAUCCUGUAGCAUGCAAGGGAAAAUGUAAGAUAACUGAGAAUAAAACUGCAUCUGCUUAUAGACCUAAUACACACAAGCCGAAAUCCACUGAAGUUAUGGCUGCAAGUUGUGAAAAUCCUCUCCUGAUAGAUAUGAAUGAGAGUAGUUCGUCACGCAGUCCUGAUAGUGAAGCCAUCCCAUUUUUAACAAAAAGUGCAUUUGAUCGGGAAAGUUUGAACACAGUUCAAAAUCAAGCUGCAUCAUUAUCUCAUCUACCUAGUAUGCAUAUUCCCAAUCCUGCAGACGCAAUGGCUACAAAUUUUCAAAAUCCUUGCCUAAUGAAGAACAACAAUGAGUAUAAUUUACCAACCAAUCAUGUUACUGAAACCUCUUUAUCUGAUCUGCAUUUCUGGGUAAGGAAUACUCACAUGGCUUCAAUUCAAGAAACUUUAAAUAUGGUUCCUAGUGAUGACACUGAUGCUUGGAUUAUAAAGAACCGUCUAAUGGCAUUGCAGCAACUAAAGUCUGAUUUUCCUGAUCAAUAUUCCUCCAGUCUUAGCCUUUCUCCUCCAAGCAUGACCGAUUCAUCUGGGGAAAUAUCUCCAGUUGCAAUGUAUAAUCCAUCAGAUCUUGGAGCUUUCAAUAUUUCACCAUUGUCAUCUAGAAAUUCACUUUCAUCUGCAAAUAGUUCUUUGAAAGAUGCUCCUCUUACUAAUGAAAAAUGUAAAUUCGAAAAACAUGAUAGGUCUAUCAUGCAUCAACAAGAUGGAAUAAAAUUAGAAUUAAUGCUUGGAAGAAAUUUUUCAAAGAAUGAAAAAUCUUCUGGGGAGAAUUCUUUAUUCCGUGGCAAAUUACAAUCUGGAUUCAAAACUGAUCAAAGUACUGGAGUUAUUGAUAAAAAUACAAAGCAAUAUUUGUAUGAGAAGUCAUAUCAAGAAAAAGAAACAGGGCCAAAAAAUUCAAAAUCUGGAAGUAGUAAUGUAGACUGUUGUGAGACAUUUCAUAAUAAUCAUAUGGACAAGAAUAAAAAUAAUGUAGCUAAGUUGGCAAGCUAUGAUGUUGCUUCUUUGAUGGUUCUGAAAUCCACAACAGGCUUCUUUGAUUCUCAUUGUCAUAUUGAUUUAUUGUUGGCUCGUGAGAAGUUUCAAGGUACAUAUGCUGAUUAUAUGGCUCAGCAUAAAGAUAGUUAUCCGCAAAGCUAUAAGGGUUGUAUAGCAGUCUUCUGCAAGCCAUUGACAUUUGCUAAGAAACAAAUGUGGCAAAAACAUCUUGAGCAAGAUAAUGUUUGGGGAGCUUUUGGUUGUCACCCAAAAUCAGCAAAAUUUUAUGAUGGCAAAACAGAAGAAGAUUUGUUGAAUGCUCUGAACCAUCCAAAAGUUAAAGCCUUAGGCGAAAUUGGAUUGGAUUAUUCAAAGGGAAAUCAGUGUUCAAAGUUAGAACAACAUCAUGCAUUUAGAAGGCAAUUAAGAAUUGCCCAAGAAAGGAAACUGCGGCUGGUAAUCCAUUGUCGGGAUGCUGAUGCUGAUACUAUUAAAAUUAUGCAUGAAAUACUACCUAGAGACACGAUUUUCCACUUGCAUUGCUUCACUGGUAGCUGGAAAAGGGCUCAAAAGUGGAUACAAGAAUUUCCUAAUGUUUUCAUUGGAAUCACAAACUUGGUGACAUUCCCUUCUGCUACUCCAACUCAUGAAGUUGUUCGGCAGUUGCCUUUAGAACGUCUGUUACUAGAAACAGAUGCACCUUAUUUUGUACCUUCAGUGGUUCCCAAAGGUACUAAUUCUUCCCAUCCUGGUAUGGCCAUACAUGUUGCAGCUCACAUUGCUGCACUUAGAAAGAUUUCUGUGGAUACAGUUCUACACUGGACAUCUACCAACACACGAAUUGUCUACAACAUAACAUAAAAGCUUCAUUCUACUGUGAUAAUCGAGUCUAAGGAUGCUUACAUCAUCUACU